AUGGAGGCAGACAGAGAGGAGGACAUAGGGGCGUCGCGCCCUCACUCUUCUGCUCCCGCGGGCUGGCCAAACGCAAAUGCUCGGCCUGCUUCUGCGCCUGCUUUUCUCUCUCCCGCGUUCCCUCCUUCGUCUCCCGUCUCGGGAUGCCGAGAGGAUGAUGUCCAUGUCGAGGGGACCGGAGAGGAAGAAAUUCUUUUUUCCUUUCUCCAGCUGUGUGCCGAGUUGCCGGCGCUUCUCUCUCAGCUCGUCUCUCCCGCGAGAGGAGACUCCACGGAGACGGAGAGGAUGGGAGCGACGUCGCCUGUCCAUUCAGGUGUAUGUCCGCCUGUGGCAACGCGGGAUCCCUCGAAGGCGCAACGAUCCUCGUUGCCCUUCCUCGACCACGCGAGUCACCUUCCACCUUCGUUCGCCUCUCCAAACUCGGUUCCCCCUCCGUCGCUGUCCUCAUUCGUCACCCCUUCUCCGGCAAUGUCUUGUUAUUCUUCUGAAGAGCCUUUCUCCUCUUGUUCUCCCCGCCCGUUUUCGGGUUCGCCUCGGCUGUCUUCGCUGUUUCCUCCCUCUGCUUCGCGGCUUCCUCCUCGACUUCUCCAGUGGGCCGAAGCGGCCGUGGCUCUGGCGUGGCCGUGUCUCGACACCCCCGCGUUGCACGAAGCACUUUUGGAACUUUUCCUCGAGAGAGUAACGGAGGCGUUCCACUUGCAUGCGCAGCGGUUUCUUUGGGCGUUUGCCGACCCCGACUCUCUCCACAUGCACACAUCUCGCCAGCUGUCUCUUCGCGCCUCGGCUGGGCUCACCGCUUCCGAAGUCACAGGGAGAAGCUGCGGCCAUUCGUCGUCAUUGGUGAGCGCCUCUGCUCCGACCUGCUGUCUUUGCUCUUGCUGUUCGCUUUCCUCUUCGGGUUCUCCUUUCACGUCUUGCUGUCCUCUCUCGGCCGCCUUCGCCUCUCCCGCGGGGCGUGGCCGCCGUUCGUCUUCCUUUUCUCCCUGUGGGCGCAUGCAGGAAAAGGCCUGUGCCUCGGCGCAGAAAAGCGAGGAUUUCUCUGGCGUGUCACGGCGCCAGCUUGCCCCGCAGGAGAAAGACGAGCCGGCCUCAGGUGAAAGAAGGCACGCGUUUUCCGAGAGCGAGAACCUCGCAGGGGGAACGGAGAACGGCUGCCGAGCGAGAACGAGCACAGCGGACGGAGAAGCUGUCGAUGUCCUUGCUGUCCCCGGAUGCGUUGCGAUUGUGCCGCUGUCUUCCCUGUCCUCUCUCCUUCUUCACGGCUUCGCUACCUACGCGCUCAUGCUCGACUACGCGCUGGAACUCGCCAGUCUGCUCUGGUGUUGCUGGCCCUCGCUGGCGUGUGCGGCCGCCGGAAGGAGGCAAGGCGGGCACGCGAUGGAUGAAAAUGAGAAUUUCCAGAAGCAGAGGCGGAAAGGAGACCCCUCCGAGACGAAACACAGCGAGAGGACUGGAAGGGGGCGGAUAAAUCAGCGGCGAAGAGGGAGACGUUUGCAAGAAGAUCGCGCAGACGCGUGUAGAGCUGUAGCCGCCGGAGGGGAAAGCGAAGUGAAGCGCGCGCACGCGGCAGAAGACGAGGAGGAACGUGACCAGGCGCGAUAUGAGGUGUACAUACACCGCAUCAGAGAGGCGGCAAGUCUCGCAGCCGAGGCGCAUCGUCCGCCGCUCGCCGCGACCUUCGUCGAAGCUUUCCAGUCUCUUUCCUUCACUCUUUUUUCGCGUCUGCGUCUCUAUGGCGCUCUCGCGCCUCGCAACAAAACCUCUGAGGAAAAGGGCCAGGAACAGGAUCAUCGAAGACGCCCCGCGGAUGGCGAUGGCGCCGGCUCCUGUCAGGUUCUACCUCCGUUCCGACACGCGUGUACGGGUUGUGCUUUCGUUUCGCCGGGGGUUUCGGAGAGAAAGAACGGCGGGCUUUCUUCCGUCUCUUCCGCCGCUUUCUUGCAGGAGGAAGCAGUUUCGCAGUGUCUCGAUUGCGAGACCACAAGCAGAGGAAUCCACGAGUAUUGUCGCCUCUUUGACCAGCUCCAGGCGCGGCGGGCGCUCGCCGCCCUGAGCUCCACCGCCUGGGGGGCGCGCACAUCCCGAAGCCCCUUGGAGGCGCGACCGCGGUCGGAGGGCGCCCCAUGCGGAGACACCGAGGAAGAGCCCUUCCUCGGAGCGGCGUCUCUUCAUCUCCUGAGGCUCUACGAUCCCCUUCAGGGCGCGAUUCACUUCCCCUGCCAAGACGUCGACACAGGCGCAGCUUCGGAAGACAGCGACGAGGCCGAAACGGAAGAAGGACGAGCAGUGGAGACAGCCUUGCCUUUGCUCUACGCGGCGGUUACCGGCGCCGGGACAUCCGCGCCUCUUGGCGCAGCCGCUCCGCGCGAUUUCUCCGUUGAUGGGACGCGAGGAGAGGGCCUGCCUGCAGACGAAACGAAUGCAUGCGGCGUGGUUUCUUCCCCUGACAAACACCCCACUGUGGGCGCGUCUGGCGGCUCUCUGGACGAUCUCCUCCUUCCUCUGCUAUCCUUCUCGAGUCGCACGUCCGAGCCGCUUCGUCUUCUCCUCCCGUUCCUCAACUUGCUACGAGGAUCUUCUUCUUCCCAGUCUCCCCAUUCGUCUUCCGUCGCUUCCACUUCGGUUUCUUGGUUUUCCUCAGCUUAUUCGUCUUCGGCCCAGCGAGGGAGUCCCCAGAGUCGGGCUGCAGUGUACCUACGCCUGUUGGAUGCCCUGAGCGAGGUGCGAGUCCAGCAGCUCUGCAAGAGUGCCCCGGGGCAGCCUUCAGUUCUGCUGAUGCCUCAGUCGGCCGUCGCAUCCGGAUUUAGAGCUGUCCAGGGGGAGCAAGAAGACUGGGACAGAAGGUCAGUGAAGGAGGUGCACGAAGAAGCAGCAGGAACCGCAGCGCGCGAGAGACGGACAGGAAGGCGGGAUGGCUUCGAGGGAGGACCGUGCGUCGCUGGGGCGAGCUUUCCAGAGGAAGUCGAGAGCCGGAAAGACAAAUUUGGGGAGAAGGCGGACGCCCGCCGGUCUGAUCGAGCGACUGGAGAUGAAUCGGAGAAGACGCGUGAUACACUUCACACGUUGCCGGGGUGUUGUGUCGAAGGAAAAGCCUUCGGCACCUUUGUGGACGCAGCCGUCGAGGCUGUGGCGGGGACGGGGUGUAUGUACACCACAGAGCAGGACGCGGCCACAGGCGGCCGAGCCGGCGAGCCGCCAGGAAAGCGGCAAACGUGUGUUUCGUGUUCGCGGUGUCUCUCUGACUCUGCGGGAGACGGAAAGGUAGAAGGCACUGCGAGAAACCAUCGAGACUUGGUGGAUAUCUGUCACCCAGGAGGCCGCUCCGCAGGCUCUGCUCGGCGUCGAAGGAGCUCUGAGACACAGGCCCGAACAAUCAAGAAUUCGUUUCUCCCGUGUCUCGUGCACAACGCAGCCGAGCCUCAAGGUGCGCCACCCGUCUCUGUAGCUUCUUCGCCAUCCGCGUCAGCAUCUUCUCAUUCGUUUUCCUCCUCGACCUCCCCCUCCACCCUUUCGAGUCCCGGCAGCAUUUCUCUCCUGUGCGUGUACCUAGACGACAGCAGUGGAUCUCCCGGUUCGUGUCCGAACAGCCUGUCUGCCGCCUCGCCCCCGCUCGCUUCUCCGCUUUUUCCCGAUCGUCCACCUGCCCUGGCCGCUGCCCUGAGGUGUCUGCACACCUCGCCGUUUUUUCUCCCGUCGUUUGCGCAUGCGCCGGACGCCGCAGCUCCGCCGUCGGAGCUUGGCGCCGGCCGCUUUGGGGCCUUCUUCAGUCUGUCCUUGUCGGCCGAUUUCUUCUCUUUCCUUGGCCAGGAGUCUCUGUGGCGGGAUGGGCUUUUUGCUGUGCUUCUUCGGCGGCUCCGCGAAGACUGCCUGUCUCUGGACGAGACGUCAGCUCCUGCGUUUGGCCAGCGCGCGAGCGAAGACGCUGACCUCUCUGGUCCUUCGCGAAGAAACCGGAAAAACCGGCUGGGCUUCCCUCUUGCCCAGUCACAGCCCGAAAGCCAGUUUCAGCCGCUUCUGCGUCUUCUCACCGAGCACUGCCACCCUUUCCUGCAUCUCUGCUGGGGAGGCCUCGCCCCUUUUCUGCGUUCGUCUCCGCUCUCGUCAGACUCAAAAACAACCGCGCCCCAAUUGGGACUCCUCUCGGCACGCGCCGACGCGUUUCCCGUUCUCUCUGGGCUUUCCGGAGCAGGCGUCGCGUCGCCCUUUCGCACUCAGUGUGUCUGCGGUGUAUGUACACCUGCCGAGAUCGCGGGGCGGCCGGCUCUCGACGUGGACGCGAGGCAGAAGCAUCUGCGCGACUUGGACGUCGGUCUCUGCAGCCUGGGGGUGACGGCGCUUCUUCUUUUGCGCGAAAAGAGGCUCGCGGACUUGGCCACGUUCACACACCAUUUCCCUGCCUCGCUUCCGCUCCUCGCCGACCUCCGCGCUGCUGACCUUCUCCUGCGCUGUCACAGCUACGUCGGCGCUGGUCCUGCGCUCGCCCUUGCCUCGUUUCUUGUUCCUCGGCGGAGAGCCACUACCUCAGGCCGCAGGCGGCAAGGACGUUCCGAGAGGACAUGGGGCGGGAAAACCUGGAUCGAAGGAGAAAAACGGCGGAGCCGCGAGGGUGGUCCUGGUUCUGGGGAGGCGGUGUCGGAGAACGAAGCUCAGACAGUCUUUGAGGUGCCUUUGACAGCCGACGCCGUGGGCUAUGAGUUCCGGGAUGUGGUGCGGAAGGACCUCGUUCCGCAUUUUCUCGGUCUGCUGCAUGCGCGGCAGAACCGCGUCCUCGAGCGGUCUCGCUGGGGGGCGUCUCUCGCCGCGCAGCUCAGCGCCGUGUUGGGCCGCUGUUCCCGAGUCGAGGAGCGACGCAAGGUCGAGCGUCUGUUUCGUUUCGAUUUGGGCGCGAAGGAGCAGACACGCCGCAGAGAAGAAGGAUUCCUUCUUCUGUCGCUCGGCACGCUCCUCGCCCAGCUCCUCCUCACUCUUCACUUUCUCCGCGUCUCCCCCCGCACCGCCCGGCGCGUUCUCACCCCCUUUCGUCGGUUCCUCCUCACAGGCCUCUCGCGCCGCGACCUGGAGACCCUCGCCUUCGCCCUCUUACCGGCUCUCCACGGCUUGGACCUUCUCCUCGCCGGGAAGAAAGAGCGAGAGAGAGACGGUGGGAAGAAAGGCGAUCCGGCGGCGGCCGGCAACUCGCCGAGCGGGGAAGAGGAGACGGAAGAAACGAAGCCUGAAGGCGCGCUCGCGUCGCGGGACCACGGCGCCGAGGCCGUGGGAGAGGACGAUGACCAGAUUGCCGCGCAGGAAAGGAGGUGCGCCGUGGUCUGCCCGAGUCGCAAGCGCCACAACGGGCGGGGCAUCCGACGCGGCCUGCCCCGCGGCUCUGCCGCGUCUGAGGCGUUUGUGCAAGCGCUCGCCAGCGACGCUCCCGGACCCGCGUGUCUCUGCGAUCUGGUUGCAUGCGCGAAAGAAAAGGCCGGCUUGGAGGACGAGGCAGCGGGCAGAGACGCAGGCCGCACAGACGGAGAUCUCCACAAUCAAGGCGCAGCCAUGGACAGCGGCGGAGACAGCCUGCCAGUGGUCGUGCAGACGCGUUCGCGGCGCCGACGUCGAAGCGAAGCGAGAAAGUCGGGGGGAGUGUCCUCGGCGUGUGUGCGAAGGAGACAGGGUGAGAGCCUUCGCCGGACGUCGAGGCGAAACUGGCGAGGAGGAUCGGGCCGCGAGUCUAGAGAAUCAGACUCUGUCGGAGACGCGGCUGGAGGAGGCCACCGGGAAUGGCUUGGGGAGAUUGAGAGUGGACCGGAGAGGCUCGAAGCGCCCACACCUGCCUGUCCACAAAUAUCACUUGUCUCAGCUUCCACCCUCGGUGGGGCCCGCCGUCGCUGCUCGCCUUACGGGCGGGAUCAAGACGCGGCUAGCUGUUGGAGUUACAUGGUUUCUUUGAAUUGGCUAGCUCGAAGUGGGCCGGAGGACUGCGAGGCGUCGAUGGACUCGAGCGAGUCGGACGAAGACGAGCACGGUUCCUUCCUCGCAGAGCGAGGGCUUCUCGAUGGUCCUGGAGCCUGUGCCUCGCCGCGCGCGUGUCAGGAGAAUGAACGACGCGGAGAGAGGCUCCGGCCCGACCUCGGCGAGCGAGACGGAGACGAACUCGCGGCUAUAGGGGCGCCGCCCGGGCGCCGCAGCUGGCCGUGGGGCGGCGGUGCGCGAGGCCGAAGACGGACGUUGAUCGACUUUUACAUUGAACUCGUUGGAGGACCUCUGCGCUUCGCCACGGUGUAUAGACAGCGCCUGGCGCAGCGGCUCGCCGACGUGAAUUUCUUCGCCCUAGUCAAGCAAGCAGAGCUCGUCAAUGUCGAGGCUGCUCGUGCCAAGGCUCUCCCCCCUUUAUCCGCCGACGCGCCUCUUCUCUCCGGUCUCCGCAGCAGGACGGCCAGGGAAGGGCGCGACGCGUGCACUGGAGAGGCGGCGGGCGAAGGGAGCGAAUACGGAUCGGGCGGGGUCACCGAUUUCGGCGUCUCGACCGCGGCUGGAUCUUCGCCGCCGAUGGCAUCUCUGUUGCGCCUGUACGCAGAGGCUCGGCAGCGGGAAGCCACGACUGCCACGGCGUCUUCGCUCGCGCCGGCGCUUCUGGAUUCUCACUCUGUGCCGAGAUUGCUCGAGUCUCUCGCCUCGCUCACGGACUAUGUGGAUCAGGCGGUUUCAGCCCACCGAGGGGACGGUACGUUCCUCUCGCUCUUUCCUUCGUUCGCCGCGACAGCGUCGGCCGAGGCGCGUGGAGACAGCGAGGACGCGCCCCCGAGCAGCCUUGAGGGCCGCGAGGAAGACGAAGCUUCUCGGAGUGCCGGCAGUCUCUCAAGCUGCCGCAUCAUGCUCAGUGACGCGCGAACGAAUGUGCAGGCGUGCGUGCUUCUGGAAAGCAACAGACGACAGCUCCUGGAGCUUUUCGAAACAAAGAGAGAAGAGAGCCGGAAGAGCCUCUGGGGCGAGACCUCCACUCUCGCGCACCCGAGCGGCUCCAACGGAAAGAGCACGCGGCCGUCCGACGACGCAGGCGAUAUGGAGGCGGAAUGGGACGAGGAGAAAGCGGAGGGAGGCGAGGGGACUCCGAGUCGCCGGCGAGCGCCUGGCCCGAGGUCUAUGUACACCGGAGACCGCGAAGGCGGCGAGGAGCCCCGCCGCGGAAGCCAAGGCCCUCGGGGAGUUCGCCGCCUCCUGCGGCCCGCGCUGGUUUCGCCUGCAUGCGACGACCUCGCUCAGACGCCUGUUCGGCUAGCGCCCGCGAAGGCCAGCCGUGGCAGACGCGCAUGCAGUCGGCAGAGAAAGACGCGCGGAGACGAGCUGGCUCUCGGCGAAGCGUCGGGCGAGCGGCGACACGCGGAAGAGAGCGAGCGGAGUUUCGACGCUGGCGAGCCGCCGGCCGCGGGCGACGCGCCCGAGGGCCCUCGGCGCACGAGCAGCAGGAGCAGUUUCUGUUGGCCCGGAAGCCAGAGCGUUCGCCUGCAGAUCCGAGACGAAGACGGCUUCGUGCCUUCUCCCAGUGAUGCCGAGCUGCACGCACUCGCGCGCGAAGACGUGGCCGACCCAGAGAGUGUGUUUGACGGCCUCGCGUGCACACCGUCGCAGAUGUCUGUGCGGCUGCCGUCGCAGCCGCAGCGGCGGCGCUCUGCCCGCGCGCAGACCUUCUUCGAAGACACAGACGAGGACGAGGGCGACGCCGCUCCCCUGUCGGCUGCGGGCCGCGCAGGCUCUGAGCGCCUGUCGCGCUCGCGGCUCUCGCCGCUGCGCUCUCCCUUGUCGGCGUCGUCCGCCUCGCCUACGCCGUCCAGGCCGCGACGCAGUUUGCGCGUGGCGCUGCGUCGCCGCACCACGGCGGGCUCCGCGGGAUUCGGCGUCGGCCCCUUUUUUCCUCAGGCGCGGGACCGAGCAGGCGCAGAGACCGCCGGGGACUCCCCUGUGCAGAGGACGAUUCUCGGCGACGGCGCGCGCCAGCACGGAGCGCCGGCGACUCUCGCGAGUGCGUUCGGAGCCUUCUCGCGAUCGACGAGUUCUGUCGCCUCUCUCGCCGUGGGGACUGCUGCACGCGAGGUCGCGCCCGCGUCAGCGGGUGUCUCCUGCCCCGCGUCCGGACCCGGGUGGGCGUUUCUUAGAGAGGCCUCCCUCUCGCUUUGCCUCCCCUCCCUCACAGUGUGCCUCGCCGCACUCUUCUUCUGGCCCUCGCCAAUGUCUCCCUGCGCGCCCGCGCCCGCCGCCGCGAACGGAUUCCCGGGGGAUGCGGGCGCAUCCGCGACGGGUUGCUGGGGGGUCGCGACACGGCAGCAGCCAGUGCCUCAGAAGGGCGAAAUGCAAUGUCUGCCGCUCCUGCUUCGCGCGGCUGAGCGGGAGUGCACGCGGGCGUAUCAAGCGAACUGCCACGGCCGCUGGGUCCCAGAGUUCUUCCACAGAGACUCGCUCGUGGAAAUCGAACUUUCCCUAUGUGGAAGCUGCUCGUACGCGGCUGCAUGCACGUGCGAGAGCGAGUCCCGGGCGCGGCGCGCGUGGGUGUCUGUACACCAGGCUGCGAUUCUGCUGCUCCUCGACGGCCAGGAGAUGGAGAAGGACGGCGAGGACGCCGCAGCGACAGGUGCCGGAAACGGGACGUCCUCGGGUUCAGUGCGUUUCGGCGAGAACCAAGGUCGAGAGCUCCCCGCGCCAGGUUCCGCGGGCACAUCCAGGCGCGACGCCGAGACCGACAAGGAAAACGGAGAUGUUGCGAGUGGGAGCGAGAGGACGCGGUCUGUGCUUCGCCUGUCCGCGCAAGAGAUCGCCGACAGUCUCAAGAUCGAAGUCCGGCACCUGCGGAGACACCUGAAGAUUCUUCUCGUCGGCGGCUGGGUCGCGCGUGCCCGACGGAGCGCGUUGCGGGGCGAGGUGCGCGACGAGAAGAGCUCCAGAGAGGCAGAAGAGAAGGCGGAAGGGGGCGAGGGUGGCAGGAGCGGUUGGACUGGCAGAGCGCGCGUCGGGCGCUGGGAAUCGUGCGGAGAGUCGAGAGCCGAAGCGAGACAGAGGACGAAGAUGGAGGCCGAGCGCGGAACUGGGGGGAUGCGAGGAAGCGCCGGCGAGGAGCGACAAAAGCGAGGGAGGCGAGAGCGAGAAGAGAAAGACGACUGGGUGUAUUUUCUCGCGCCCGAAGAGAGCCGGCCGCCUCAGCCGGGGAGUCCUGUCGGCGGGAAACGCGUGCCGGGGGCCUUCGGAGCGGAGGCAAGUGCGGGCGAUGGGCACAGAGGCGACACAGGCGACGCAGCUGGAGACGCGAGAGAGAGAGGAAAGAGAGACGGCCGGAUGCCAACAGGGCACACUUUUGGUUUGGUUUCCUCUUCGGAGCCGCGCGCGAUUCCUCAUCCCCUCUGGCGGACGGAGGUGACGAGCGGCCGCGAGGGAAGCCGCAGACACCCGAGCCGUGUCCCAGCGGGCGUGGGGGGAGCUGGCCCGUCUCGGGAGAGAGGCGCGCGAUUCGAGGACGCGAUGGGAGAAGCCGAGAAGAGGACGGGGCAAGGCGGGGCCGAUUGCGCGGAAGCCGGGGAGAUGGACGCAGACACGGAAUGCGAAGGAGAGACGUUUUCUCGGCUGCACAGAGGCGCCCGUCUUCCGCUUUCAGGUUCUCGGUCUGAGACCCGCGCGAGGGCUCGCCGCUCCCCGUGUGCGUCUGAGGCUCGGCCUCGGUUGGCUUGGAGACAUGCGGAUGCGUUUUCACGCGAGACCGAGAGCGACCGGCCGUUCGCGUCUCUGCCGCCGUCGUCACCCCGCUCGGAGAGGGAGAUCUUGGAUGCGCGCCGGAGACCUCGGCGCGGCCGCGAGCGUCCGCUCCACGCUUCCGCGGCAGACUGGCCCAGGCAGGAGAGACGACGGCACUCCGACGGGGAAACGGAAGAGUAUGCUACCGAGACCGAAGACAGUUUUCGAUCGGGGGGGAACUGUUUGGAGGCGACGCCGUUCGCAUGUGGCGAGGAUCUGGACCUUUCCCAUCCUCAGCCCCUGCCAUUCUCGUCGCUCCCUUCUCAGAGGAGAAAGCGAGACAGGGGACACGCGGUCGAGUCCGAGGCCGUCGCGCUCUGGCCAGCCCGCGAAAAGGCGAUGGGCCACCUCGCUGGCUUUCUGCACGACGCGGGCUCUGACGCGGGCGAAGGUGAGCGAAACCUCCAUCUGCUGUCGGCCGACAUGAUUGAACCGAGGACGUCGACGAUCGCAGAUUUUACGGAGGGCGAAGAAGACGAGGAGCGUCUCCGGCGGCACGAGGACUCGCCCGACAAGCGUCAGUCGGUCUCGCAAGCUGCCGCGUUCGCCCUGGGGCGCGGACCGAACCAGGAGCUGCGCAUGGGCAUGGCAGCCUUGGCCUCAGGCGUACGUACACAGCGCGACGAGGCGGCCGAGCGCUUCAUUCUGGAGAUAAUGCGGGAGCGGGCUUCGAACGUGUCCAACGUUCUCCACAAGGCCACGCCGUCCUUCGUUCUUCUGGCUCGCAUGCAGCAGCGGGCGAAGCAGAUGAAUGAGAAGAAGGCCGAGGACGGACUCGAGGCGGCAGAGGGAGAAGGGACAACGCAGCUCAAGUCGUGGAAGCACGAAGAAAUCCUCGAAAUGUUGCAAGCCCUGGAGAGAGAAGGCCGAGUAAGGAAAGUCUGUGGGAACUGGGAACUCGUUGAAUAG